GCGUCCAAGUCAGUCAGCUGUUGUUUCCUUUGUGAUUAAAUAAUACAAAAUCUCGUUUUYCAGACUCCAGAUAGUAAAUACCAUGAUUAACUAAUCAUGUUAAAUAGUAGGUAACAAAGCAUUGUAUUUUUAUUAUCUUUUUUCUUCUAUUUUGUUUUUUCCAUCUUAAAUUUCUAUUAGUUCCGAGGUUCCGUCGUAGAAAUUGUUUAGUGCGAUAGUUGUAUUAAGUCGGUUUUUUCUUACGAUCUUCAUCCACACGUCAAAAAUGUCGUCGGGUUCUUGCGGAACAAACACCAAGAAACAGAAACUGCAUCACCAUCACCAAGCGUCGUUGGAUGUCAACGGUGGUAGUGGUAGUGCCUCAACAGCUCUGCUUGAUGGUGUCGUUCAAAAAAUCACUACCCCAGCAAUGGGGUAUUUCUGUUUUGAUACACUUUACUCCUAUCUUAACAGUCUGGAGCCCCCCAAGAAACCAGAUUUCACAAAUGACCCAUUGUAAGUUCAAUGGGAAAAGUCCUCUGUUUGUAACAUGGGAGACUGGAGUAGACAAGAAACUCAGGGGAUGCAUCGGCACAUUCAAUUCAAUUGCUUUGCACAGUGGCUUACGCGAAUACGCCAUAACAAGUGCACUGAGAGAUUCACGGUUCAAACCAAUCUCAAACGACGAAUUGAACCGAUUACAUGUAACCAUAUCGAUAUUGUUACACUUCGAGGAAGGCAGAGAUUACAACGAUUGGGAGAUCGGCGUUCACGGAAUACGCAUUGAAUUUCAAAAUGAACGCGGAAUGAAGCGAACUGCCACUUAUUUACCAGAAGUUGCUGAAGAACAAGGUUGGGAUAAAAUACAAACAAUUGAUUCACUCCUGCGCAAGGGAGGUUAUCGCGGUCAUGUGACACCCGAGACUCGCCGUUCAUUAAAAUUGACUAGAUACCAAAGCGAAACUGUAUCAGUCAGUUUCCAAGAUUAUAUGAACCAUGUACAAACUCUACGUUGCUAGCAGCAUCUUUGGGGCCAAAAAGACUCAGUGGCCCCUCAUAUACCAACACUGCCUAUUUUUAAACAUCCAAGCAUAUAUUCAACAUAUGCAAAUCCCUUAUUACAAUCAAUGUAUUUCAAACAAACAUUGCCAAUUUAUUAUAAUUAUCCAACAUAAUAUAAAAUYAGAUGACCAAUAAAAAGUAAUAAGUUGCAAAAUUAUAAUUAGUUGUUAUGAUUUAAAAGUAAAAAAUAUAUAAAAUAUGGGCCUAUUCCCCAUUUUUGA